AUGGGUCUCUCGCCCUCCAUCGUCCAACACACCUCGACCGUACUCACACGCUUAGAACAGAGUCACCAUAAUCUGGAUCCCGACCAGCCACGAGAGUGCCAGCUCCUGCGGCAGCAAGACCGACACACCAGCAUCAACAUCGGCAUGAAAAGAUCUCCUCACUCGGAUCCCGGGCCGGGUCAGCCUCAGCCUCAGCCUCAGCCUCAAGCUCAAGGCCAAGCUCAAGCCCAAUCUCAGCUUUCCGGGCCACAAGUUCCAGCGACGCCAAACCAGACGGACGUCCAGCCUAGUCUGGAGCAAUGGAAUCUCGUGCUGGAUACGAUCCGGUCGAAUCUCAACUUGAUCGUCGGCACGUGGGGCCGGCGGAGCAGACAGUACGACGAGGCCCGGGGCGUCAUGUUGGCUUAUUUGGAGGACAAUCUGGGGAGGUUGAGGCUCGGUGAGCUAGGGCCCGGUGGUGGGAUGGCAUUGGAACCGACAACGGGAGCGAGACCAGGGCAUAAUGGCAAGGGAGACGUCGACAUGAUGGCUACGGUGGAGAGGUCGAUCGAGGAGUUGAUGGGCGAGCUUAAGAUAUGA